AUGGCCACCAACAAUGAGCCAUCUAGACAUUCGGAUUUUUACAUGUCGACAGUCACCUUCUUGGUGGAAGACUCCUUGUUCAGGGUUCCUAGGGAACCGUUUCAACAAGAGUCAGAAGUAUUUUGCGACACAUUUUCCCUGCCGCAGGGUGACGGAGUUGGCGUAGAGGGAUGGAGCGACGAAAUUCCCAUCCAACUCCACGCAAUCAGCAAGGACGAUUUCGAGCAAUUGUUGAAGGCUCUUUUCCACAGAAAGCAUGGUUCACGGCCUAAUCUGCCUCAAAGUGUCGAACAGUGGACAUCUGUCUUGAAGCUGUCUACGGCGUGGAAUUUCGAGAAGUUGCGCCAAGCGUCCAUCCACGCACUGAUGAAAAGCAAUAUUGGCGCUGUUGAUAGAGUUGUUCUUUCCCAACAGUACGACAUCAACGGCUGGCUAUUGCCUGCUUUAAAUGAGUUGGCCAAGCGGCCGGAACCAAUAACUUUGGAGGAAGCAAAUCGGAUGGGAAUUGAUAUUGCGCUCAGGCUGGCUUCGGUUCGCGAGAGAGUUACUGUGCAAAACGCCUGCAACUAUUCCCGCCGGGAUGUGUACGGGUACUCUGGCCGAGGGGCCGACGACAAUUUGAAUGUCACUGUUGGCAGCUGCAGAGACUCCAGAAUGCAACACUGCGACUUCUCUGAUCAGAUUCGUUCCACGUUCUCCGCGUUCAAUUUGUAG